UGUAUAUAUGGUAUUUGAAGCGCCAUCACAUGAAGCGAUGGGUCUAUCUGUGAUGCAGAGGGAACGUUUUCAACUUUUAGUCUAUUUAUAGUUACAAUUAGUAGGUCUCAAAGACUGUCUAUGGGUCACGAGAGAAUGGCUGGUAUGGUAUUUCCGGCCUUUGAAAAAAAAAAGAAAUUAGUUGAUCUGAACGAAGUUUUCGCAUUUUUAAUAAUACGACGAAUCGUAGAAUUCAGCUGUUUUCAAUAUUUUUAUUAUUGAAGUUAUACUUCUUUAGGCGUGUUAUGAAAAAAUGAUGAGAGUGAAAUUUUAAGAUGCGCGCGCAUCACUGUAACACAAAAUUUUAACAGCAUGAAGUUGGUCCAACUGGUUGGACCAACUUUAUGCGUUACUUUUGUGUUUACCGCACAUUAAGAAAAUCUACCAACAAUAUAGAAAUAGAAUCUCUAUUUAGUGGGUGCUAACGACUGCAUUGUGAAGGCCUAUCAAAAGUAUUUAUUAAUCUGGAACAACGGAACCAAAGCGCGAUUCAGGAGACUACAGCGCCAUCUCUUGACCAUUGGUGUAGUAGAACCAAAAACCACCUUUUUAAUUUUUUGUAAUAAAGUAACAGUUAUAGGUAUUCAUAUUUAUAAUAUUUAUCCAUAUGUUUCUAGUUUGUAUAUUCGGAAUACGUGUUUGAGUUUCAUACAAGUGCAAAUCACAUAUGUUGUAAUAAAUUAUAUUCAGUAGCGAUUUUAAUUGAAUACUUUGAUUAUUUAUUUAUUUUUUCAAAUUAAAACUGAACUUUAUUGACUGUGUCCUUUUCCAGACUUUUUAUUAAUUUAUUGUAAUUAAUUAUUUGCAUGCAAUUAAAAACUAAUUUUAAACGAUGCCAAAGAAGGAUAACUUCUCACGCGCCUACAUAAUUACACGCACCCAUUUUUAUAUUGAUUAUUAUAAUAACUUAGCAAAAACAUUAUGAUCUAAAUAGUAUUUUUGGUCGUUUCGAUUUACUCGUAUCACCCCACCCCACCCAAUAAUAAAAUCUUACCUCACUCUCACUCAGACGUGGAUCUCUACAUCCAAAUCUGGAAGUUCAACCAUCUUGUUCGCUUGUUCUUCAUCAUUGAGGAUUUGAUAGUUCUUAAAUCCAUGCUCAUGCUCUGUUACAAAAAUUAUUUGUCUACGAAUAGCUAUUGAAAGUAGGUACAGCAUUGACCUAGAGGUCAAUGAUAUACAUGGUGAUUGAUUUAGGAGCCCGUUCCCGAGGGCAGAUCAAUUAUGAUAUUUUUUUUUACUUCAGCCCUACCUGUAACCAAUGUUGCCCUACCUCUAAUUCGACUCUAGUUAAAGCCCUGGAGGUAGUCAAUACCGCAAUAAAGUUAUCACGUCCACUUGACCGGAACAGCGUGAAUUUGAAAGAUUCCACUAAUUCUUCAGUGACGCAGACUGUUGUAACACAACUUAACACCAAUUUAUCAUCUAAUUUUAUGAAGUUUAAUCUCAUACCAAAAAUUAUAACAAUUACAUACAUUUGGAUAGUACAAGUUGACAUGAGUCAACUAGCCUAUUGUGAGAAAGAAAGUGAGUUCCUAUGUUUAUUACAAGUGUCUCAUUGUAAUGGUGAUCCUAAUAUAAUUGUUUCACACUAUUUAAACCCUUUGUAUUUUUUCUUUCGAUGACGGGGAGUAAAAAUGAAUUAUAUCCACGAAAAUGACCAACGCCGCGUUGGUUUGCUGUCAAUAAACCCUCGCGACGCAGGCACAGAAUAUAAUUAUACACUACGCGAAAAGAAGCGACACUUAAGCAUGUGUGCUCGUAAAAUCGCACGCGGCUAUGUGUGGGUGUCUGGAGGUGCGCGGGGGCGUUGCGCGGCGCGCGGGACGUGGAGAGGGCAGUCGCCGACUGCCUCGACCGAAGGCAUGGCAGUAGUGAAAUAGUAAAAUAAUAGCGUUGCACUGCAUUGCACGCACAGACUGACUACGCUACGCAAUCAUGUCAUUAUUGAAUCGAAAAAGGAGAAAAUAUAUAAAAAGUUAGCAAUUUGUUACAGUACCUACAUUUAAAGAUUAAAAAUUGAUUAUAAAAUCAAACCUUAUCUUCAUUAUUUACCCCAGUAUCCUUGAAUCAGUUUACAUUUGAUAACUCACUAUGCAUAAAUAUUCAUUGGCACAAGUCUAAAUUCCAAGUUCAACCCUAGCGCAUACACGCUCCUGCUCAAGGUCACUGACGCUGGAACUCUCACGUACAGAGAGUGUCACCGCUGUGACGCAGGUGAUUGCGUGGUGCAUUCGGCAAGCGGCGAGCAGCCCGAGGGCCGCUAGUCGAUGCGGGUAUACUUUGACGUGCACUCACGCAAGCGUGGUAUACCUCAAACCACCCCGCCUCCGACCGGCAGCCCGGUCCGCACCCGCUUUAGCCGAUCCUGGGUUUCUCCGUUCACAACGUCACCUGACUGGUCUCACGGACCGCAGUCCGAACGGCUAGUCAGCUGACCAGCACCAGUACCUACCAGGUAAACCAACUCCCCGAUCUACCCCUCACCCUUCAGGCGUAACUGCGGGAUCCAGUUAUGAGUAGCCGCUUGUUACGCUUGGACACUAUUUAAACCCUAACACUGUAUAUUUCGCUACUUCGAGAACAUUGUGACCUUGCUACUCGUAUGUUAUAUGGUCGCAAAGCCCUUGUUAAGCUACUUCUUCUGGUCUUCCAGGAUUUUUUCUACGGGAAAUAUUUUCUACCCUUCUACUUUGGUUAAGGCUGCCUUUUACCGCCAUUAACCUGUGGAUCGAGGCUGACUAAUACAUCAGAUACGGUGAUAAAUAUUUAAUGACCUGGAGUAGCUGCACUACACGGUUCUGGUCAGUGUGAUCCUACCUACUUACUAUCUCAUAUCGAAGUUUGACGCUGGCCGUGGAAAACAAUAAGGGCAAUAAACGGCUAUUUAAAAAACCCCUAACUUCUACCUUCGGACGGUGGCCACCUACCCCAGCACUAUCAGCCGAAGCUAAAUUUGAUACAUUUUGCGUUCAAUCUUCUAAACAUCCUGACAAUGAAGGGUGUUAAACCCUUUUUAAAUAUCUUCAAGUUACCUACAAAUAUCUUAGUGGAAAAAAAAUAUGUCCCUGUAUGAACAUAAUUUUCAUGACUUUUCCAGAGGGAGAAAACCUAAAAUAUGUGGAAAUUAAAAAAAAAGCACCCGCGCAACUGAUCACAGAUCUUAAGUACAACUAAGUGGCAUAAACUUUUUAAUGCAUUGAAAUUAAUUUCCCGGUACAAAGCCAAGUGUUCAUCGCUAGUGUAAGAAUAUAAUAUAAAAUGAAGUUAACUAAUUCUAAGAGCUAAGCAUUUGGCUUAGAUGCACACUGGGCCCGCGUGGCGAGUCAUAGCAAGGUCAAUGCUUACUAUAUCAUGGGCAUAGCCCAUCUCCCUAUUCCACAACAAAAAAAAGUAUCCUACCCACCAAUUCGUACUGAGGGAGCGUGUGUGGUGGGAGAAGGCAUAGGUCGGUUCAGUCCUUCCUUACAUGCUGUGCUGUACGGCAGAAAGGUGGCCAGUAGACAUAACGUCAUUGAAUUUAAAAGUAAAAUAUGUCUUUUAUGGUCUUUUGUCAUAAAAGUUCCUAUACGUCACACGUCAAAGUAUGAUUUAAAUUGCAAGUUGGCAAUAUGAAUGCAAAAUUGAAAGUGUUGAUUAUGUAAACCAAAAAAUACACAACAUAAUUGUUAAAGUAAAAAUAUAUAAAAAUGGCUGUUACGAACGCUAUGUUUCUCUUCGAAGUAGUAAUUGAACAUGUGAAAAGCUUGGUCGAAAGUCGAUUUUUAGUAAUAAGAAGUGAAUUUGCUGAUAUAUUUUCUUUAGAAUUAAAAGAUCCCAAGCAGAUGUAUAUAGUUAUUCCGGAACCCCCACCUUUGCCACCUGAACCAGCUGGUAAAAAAGGCAAGAAAAAGGCACCAAAAAAACCGAAAAAAGGAAAGAAGGGCAAAGUAGAGUUACCUCCACCCGAACCAGUGAUACAAUCGGGACAGUCAGUUCUUUUCACCAGCACUCCUGAGUUUUUGAUACAAAACAUGAAAAAGUUUGCUUUGGAGAUGUCGCUAUGGAGCAAGGAAGAUAAUUUAGUAUACAUAGGCGCGAACAGUAUCCCUUGGGAUCAUAAAUUUAUAGAGUACUUAGAGAAGAUUUGUGAUUGCGAGGAACCACAGCCAGUUACUGUCAAUGAUGAAUAUAAUAUAUUUGAGGAAGGAACUGCUAAAUUGAUGGCAAAAAUAGGUCUUCAAGUUAAAUUAACCUAUUUGACAGAUAGAGUGACUACGGCGUUUAGAACGCUCUCGGAAGAUCCCGUAGUAAAGAAAGUCUUGUACACAGGGAUAAAUUCAAAAACAACAUCGUACAUGUGUACUUUAAAAACGACAGAUGAAGUUUUCGAGGAGAACUGUAAUAAAAUAGAAAACAAGUUCAUUAAAGAUAAACCUAAACCAGGAAAAAUUGCUUUCGCUGAUUAUAAAAAUGCUCCAGGUGCUAAUCUUACUUUCUUCAAUGAUGGAGAUUAUUGUUGUAUGGGUAGCGCUGAUAAGCCUCCAAAAUCUAUUUACAAAUCACCUGAAACAUGCCCCGAUAUUGAUCACAUUGUGGAUUAUGUAAGAAAAAUAAUAGUUUCUUGUAAUGACAAUAUGAGAAUGUUAACACCCCGGCCAACUAUUAGUCCAAGAGUGAAAGCUACGGACAUCGAUAGACUGUGUUAUUGCAAAGAAACAAAAUGGCCAUCUGGUGAAUUCGCUGAAAGAUUUAAAAAAGAGGCGCAGGCUGAUCCUUGCCCGAUUUGUGUUAAUGCUGGAAAGAGACCACAAAAUAACCGGCCGUGUGUUUUUGAUAUUGCUAAUAUUAGAGGUCCCUGUGGACGACAUGACUGCAGAAUAGCUAGAACAAUGAAGGCAUACAUCGAAAACCUUGUAGAGGAGGAUAAUCAAGAAUUCAGUAUUAACGAUAUUAUUGGACCGUGUGGCAGCAAAGCUUGUACUUUAGCGGAAAAGAUACAGGAAUUCUUGCGUCAUGAAGGAAUUUUUAGUCAGAGUGAGACUUUAGAGGGCCUUUCUACACAGUGUGCUUGUUUGAAAACCAUGCAGGAUGCACUUACGAAAAAGGGUUCUUGUACUACAGUUUGUAGUAAAGACUGUGAAGAAGUUGACAGUGAAGACAGUAAUUGUGGGGGCCAAGGUUGCCCUUUUGCUGAUAAUAAACACGUGUACAAUAUAUAUUACUGUACUGUAGAACAUGAUUUUGAUAAAAAUUCUACACCCACAACUAAUGCUAAUUCAUCUGCACCGUCAGAACACGGAUCCAAAUUUAAAUUUUGCUCUACUGAGUGUCCUAGUGUAAAAGCUUCGGAAAAAACGGCUUGUUCCAAAAUAACUUGCCCAUCUUUAUUUUCUAAUAAAACCGAAACUAGUGGUCCAGAUGAAUCCACCUGUAGGCAAAAAGUAUGCAUGUCCGAAAGCAAUAUUCCACCUAGUCCCGCAGACAGUGAAAUUGUUAUCCCCUUCGAUGCUAUUCAUAAUCCAUGUUGCGUAAAAUCCUGCGAUAUCGCCGAAAGAGUAAAAGACUUCAUAGCAGACAAUAUUUCAACCAGGAAAGAUAAAGUACAAGACGAUGAUCCGUGUUACUGUGACUGCGUAUGUACUUUUAAAUUUUCAAAUAAAACUACUUACUGUGCUGUUUGUGGAGGAUAUGAAUGCUUAGGCAAUGAUAUGAAAGAUCAACCUAUAUACGCUAAACCUCAUCCGUGUCCUGUGUACCACAAACUGUAUGACAAUAAAUACAUUAAAACACCAAACCCUUGGCCUGAAGAAGAGAAGAAGCAGGCUGAUAAUGUAAGCACAAAAAGCUCUAGAACGGUAGCCUCGAAGACGGGACAAAACGAGAAAAGAUUAACCACAUCGAGAUCUGCGAAAAAUUUGGCUUCAGAGAAAAAAGAACAAACCGAAACAAAAAUUACGAAAUCGAAACAAAAAAAGAAGGAAGUAGGAAAACAUACUGACAACGCUGUUCAAGAACCGCCUCUUCCCGUAGAAAAAAGACCAGAAAAGAAAUACCCUUAUCCAGCAGUGCCGCGGAACAUGGGAUGGAACUGGACCGCCGAAGAUAUUCCUGGAAUGAAGCCUAGACCAAAGUGGAAGCCGGGUGCAGCAAAUAAAAUUUUAGUCCGACGGUACAGAGCGAUGAGAGAGGGAAUAGAUAUAAUAGCAAAGAAGAAACGAGCUAUGAUGCAACGGAAGAAAAAAAUUGAAAUGAAGCCGACUUUGGUAGUAAAGAAGCAAGGUGGAGAGUACACAGUGCAAAUGGAAGUGUUCAAAAAAUAUUCCAGAGAAAGAUUAGUGUACCAGUAUCCUUACGAUGAAAAACCUCCGUUGAUAUACACCAUAGGUAGAUCUGCAGAGGAAAAUCUAAAAAGACGAAAAGCUAAAGAGAGAAGAGAACGCAGAGAGACAAGAAGAAAGAGCAGAAUGUUACAAUCUACAUUUCGCGAUAGGUGUCAAGAAAUAUGCCUCAAAGCCUAUAACCAAGCGAUAGGUUUAAUUCCUUUACCUAACCCAAAUGAUCCCAAUUGCCCUUGUCAUACUGAGCCAAAUCCAGCUCUUAGUUCACCUAUUAUCGAUUCUUGUUCUUGUUCUGAUGAAGGUUCAUAUUCAAGUAGUGAUACAGACGAUGAUGAGUGGACUAUAGAAUUUACUCCCCCAGCAGCUAGAUGGGACACCAAGGCUAAACAUCCACCAGUCGUUGUUGAUAAUGAGACACAGUAUACCUAUUUAGACUAUAAGGUCAAAUUGCUUGAUAAAUCUGGUAAUCAAGUUCCCCGAUUUUUCAAAGGUCCUGAUGGGAAGCAGGAAUGUAGCGAUUUGGGUGGAUUUUGGGGACCUGGUCAUGAAUGGUUAGAAAUACAUAAAGACGGUUACAUUGGACCUGAUAACCGUUGGGUACCACAGAAUUUUAUAGGCCCUGACGGGAUGUUUUAUUCGGCAGAGGAUGGUUUCAUUACUGAUGCUACUGGGCAAGUCUUGAAAAUCGGAAUAGAUGGUUAUAUAGAUAAAGACGGUAAGUGGGCAUGGUAUUCGAGAAGGAAAAUAUCCAGAAGUGCAAAAUCUUCUGUGUCAGGUUCUACGGCAGGAAAGAAAUCUCCCAAAACUGGGAAAGAAAUCACUUCAAAUCAACAGAAAACUGAUGCGAAGCUCAAAGGAGUGCUAUCGCCUAAAAGAAAGGGUGAUAAGAAAUCACAACAGGCUUUAAGUAGCGGCGGUACGAGGAGCCCACCCAAAACUACUUUUAAAGGAAAGGAUCAGGUGGUAAUGUCGAUAUCAAUGAAUUACGAACCAAACAUGUUACCUAAAUUCCGAUCACGGGAUAAAAUGAGACCAAUGAAUUCGAAGAAAAUGACUAAGUAUCGUGAGAUUAUGAAAGAAUUGCAGAUGUACGACGACUUCUGUGAAUUGAAACCUUUGAAAACUAACAGAGCCUCUAAUACGCCAAGUAAGAAAAUUUCUCCAUUCACAAUAGAUGGCAAUUAUAACAGGUGUGCGAUAAAGGGCGCUGCAUCAUCUUCCCUUAAUACAAACAGUUCUGCCGUAGUGUCAUAGAAAUAAAAUUUUAGCAUCACAUGGUGAAAAUUUUCUAUUCAUCUUUUUAUUGGUAGCUUAACUAACGCUAUUUCCUUAAGUGAAUAAUUAC